GGGACCCUUAAAAUUCUCAGUAGACUAGUAAUAAUUAAUAAACAUUAUCUAUGACUAUCCCCCCAUUACUUUUCACCUGCACUGCCUGAAACCUCCCGCUUAUAAAUAAGUCCUUUCUCAACCUCAUGGUACCAUCAUCCUAGCUAAUAGCCUAUAUCAUAUCAUAUACACUGACUGAUAUAUAGAAGAAAUUAAGAGAAAGAGUCUCUCAUCAUCAAAAAAUUAAGGAAGAGAUCAAAUGGCUUGGUCAGCAGAGAAUGCCACUAAAGCCUUUCUCCGGACCUUGAAAACAAUAAGCAAAGAGCACCAGCAGCAAAACCUCUUCUUGCAGGGGAACAAAUACCAUGGAGCCAGACGUGGCCGAGUUCAUCUCAGCAAUGGCAGCAGGAAAUGGCGCACGUCUCAUGGUGGAAGUGUGUGCCGUGUCAGCAGGGUCAACAACACUGGCGCUGGUAUCAGCAGCACACCAAACCGGGGGCCGGGUCGUGUGCAUAGUCCCAGGCCAAGACGAGCUCCAAGCAUCGGUCAUGCAACUGGGAAGAGAAGCAAUGGAGCGAGUGGAGAUGGUGGUUGGUGACGCAGGGGAGAUGUUGGCAGGGGUGUAUCGAAGGGCGGACUUUGUGGUUGUCGAUUGUGAUGUGGAAAAGCACGAGAGGGUGUUCGAGGUGGCCGAGAGAAGGGCGAUGGAGGUGUCUGGUGGUGGACUCGUUGUCGGAUACAAUGCGUUUCAUAAAGAGGCGUGCUCCAGCGAUGGAGGGCUCAGGGUUGAUUUGUUGCCUAUCGGUCAUGGGCUCAGGGUUGCGCGCGUGCCGCCCGGUUUGGCCAGGCGGAGCCAGUGGGUUGUUCGGGUCGAUGAGUGCACGGGUGAAGAGCAUGUGUUCAGAGUCCGAUCACCCCGUAGGAAGUGGAUCGAGGCUUAAGUUUUUUAAGCAUCUUUACCGGACAAAGAGUGGUGCCAGCUUUUAUGAUGAUUGGCAUUUUUAGUAGUAGUGUGGAGUUAUUAUUGCUUGUUUAGGGUAUUUGUGUGAAUAGUUUAGACCCUUUAA